AUGUGGACAGACGGUGUUAGUCCAGUAAAGGAGAUACACGUGCUCAUGGGUGUAUUUCGACUACAGUAUAUUACAACAGUUUUCUCGGAACAAGUAAUGUCUGGAUUCGUCGUUGGUGGUGGAGUACACGUGUUUUUUGCACAGAUUGGUGAUGUACUUGGUAUUAAGUUACCGAGAAGAAGUGGACCGGGUUACUUGUAUUAUGCUGUCGUCGGCAUUACUGCCACCAAUUAUGCUGAAUUGUCACGACGCUAUGAUAUCAAAGUACUGGGAAAUAUACCAACCGAAUUUCCUCCACCUUCACUGCCUCGCUUCGACCUUAUUCAAUACAUUGGCGUUAACGCUGUCGCUAUUGCUUUGACAGCCGUUGCAAUUCACCUUACUGUCGCUAAAAUUGUUGAAAAACGUUACAAAUACAAAGUUAAUCACGGGCAGGAGCUAUAUGCACUCGGUUUCGUCGGCGUUUUAUCGUCAUUUUUCCCGGUAUUUCCGGUUACAUCUGGAUUUGCUCGAAGUGUCGUUGGAGCUGCUGUUGGCAGUAGUACACAGUUGACCUGUCUUUUCUCAUCGUUGGCCUUAGUUCUGGUCAUUCUCUACAUCGGACCCGCACUGGAAUAUCUCCCGAAAUGCAUUUUAUCGGCUAUGAUUAUUGUGUCACAAAGGGCUAUGUUUGCAAAAUUCGCUGAACUACGAGAACUUUGGCCCGUGUUCAAAGUCGAUUUCACUAUAUGGGUGAUGAGCAUGGUAUUGACAGUCUGCUUCGAUAUGGGAGAGGGACUACUUCUUGCCACAGGGUUCGCUGUCUUAACAACGAUAAUACGGAUGCAGAGGCCAAAAUGGCACUUUCUUUCCCGCGAUUCUGAAUCUGACAUUUUCAAAGAGACGAAGAAAAAACAUCUAGAGUUUGUGGGAGGAAAUGUAUGCGUAUUCGCAUUGGACGCCACCACUCAUUUUCACGCAGUGUGGCAGUCGGUGAAGACUUUCGAACGUUCCAAAGCAGAUUCCUUCGUGACAAUCGAUCAGAUGAACUCCGCCAAUACGGACGACAUUUUUGAAAAGAAAGCUCGUGCAGCUUACAAAGGUAUGGCUCAUGAAGACCGAUGUCGACUAGUUAUUGACUGCAGUGGAUUCCCUUAUGUGGACUAUCUUGGUCUAACCACACUGAAAACAGUUGUAGCUGAUCUCAUCGCUGCCAACGUUCAGACGUACUUGGUAGUACAGAAAGGUAAUUACUAG